AUGGCUCAGGGUCUGGACGAGCUUGUUGAGUGGCUUGUCGGGGAGGUCUCAUUUUACGGCGACGGAUGUCCCGUGUCUGAGCUAACUGCUGCCGUCAUAAGAUUUCAAGAGAACGAUCACGAUAGGCGAAAAGAUGCAUCCAGCGACAAUGGCGACCAGCAGCAUGGAGAGGUGCCAACCAAGAGCCCGCCGACGGAAGCUCAGCUCAAGCUGGUGCGCCUUGCUUGGAAAUGGCUUCUGAGCACUGGCGAAGUCAGCAUUGGUCCUGAAGGUGAAUGGAACCAUCUCACAUUCGAUGAGAUAAUGUCUAUCCCGGAAGACGCUGGGCAAGCCGUCGCACCACUCAGAGAUGAAAAGUCCGAGCUUGCCGCACCCAAGCACAAGAAACUGCCCAAAUUCCAACCUCGCAUAUUCGUCGGGGAGGAGACCAUCUGGAAGACACUCACCGGUCACAGCAUCGACUACAAGCGCGUGCCCAAUCUCGAGUGGAAGUGCCUGGUUGCCAUCGGCUCCACAAAAGAGGACGGCAUCCUUCAGGGCGAUCUCAACAGAGCCACCGGCCAAGACAAGCGCUCCGUCCCUAAAAGGACGGACUUCCUCGCGCAGAAGGGAUACAUCGCAAAGCGCACCCACAUGGUGAGAGGAAUGAAGACCAGCAAGCUCUGGCUGACCAAGUUCGCUCCUGCGCUACCAGUGCCGUCCAACCCACUCGGCGGCAAGGACUUGUCUCGGGCCUCGUUAACUCGAGAUAUGCAACCUGUUGCAUGGCAUCAGCAGUGGACCGGCAAGGACAAAUCAGGCAGGCCGGAGAUCCACUACAUGGCGCUGGGCCAGACCAUAAUUGCCAUUACCAAAGCCUGGGGCACUCUUCGGAUUAGAGACUUGAAGGCGAAGCUUGGUAUACUGGGAAAGAAGUGGCAAAUGAAGGUCAUGUCUAGGUUCCUUCGUCGUUUUCACAAACUGGGCAACGUCACCUAUGUCGCUGCUACUUUCGCCGGCGAUAAGCAUGUGUUCAAAGACUGCGUCAGGUUUGCCAGGGAUCCUACGGAAUCGGAUUGGAGGCUUCUCUUGGCCACCGGCAAGAAGACUUCGCGGUACACGAACCAGGGCAAGGAUAAGCAACCAAGAGCCAGAUCGAAACCAAAGGGAGGCAAAGGAAGAGGAAAGAAAGCGUCCAAUGCUGCUCAACCAGCUGUCAAGGUUCUCAGGAAGAAGCCCAAGCUGAGGCUCGGCGCCACCAUGACCGGUUGGGUUCCCGAGAAGCCACUGGCGAACACAGUUGCCGACUUCGUCCUCACAGGAGGCGCGCUCGGCUACUCAACCCCCGAGAUCAGCACCGACACUGUCGGCUACGUUUUCCGUCGGCAUAUGUUUACUCACUUGGUAAAUCUGAGCAACGGAGACGUUCAACCUGCCGGCUUACGAGAAUACCAAAUGAGCAAGGAGUUGGUCAAACUGGGAAACACAAAACAAUACAUGUUCUCCGUGGAAGGGGCUCGAGGGUUCAAGCCACCCGAAGGACCUGAAGAACAACUCACCAUUGACCCGGCUCUACGGCAAGAUGGCGAUGGCAUAGAGCAGCCACCUGCAAACAACAAGAUCGAGGAUGCUUUUGGAUUUGGAUCUGUCGACCCCAAAGUCUUCUCCGAAGACGGGUCCUUGUAUCUCACGCAAUCAAGUCGCAUGGAACCCGGAAAACAGAUCAAGCCCCGCCGACCUUACGGCAGCCGCAAAUCGAAAGUCCAUGUGGCUGUCAGUGGUGCUCAAAGCAUAGAUGCAGCGGAACAAUUAGAUGCGGAGCAACUGGGCGUUGAGCAGGGCGAUGAGGCAGGUACAAUGGCUCCGGCGCCACGCCGCAGAAGAGGUCGGCCUCCCAAGGUUAAGUUUCAGCCCACCGGCGAUGACGCCGAGGAAACCCCAUCCAGUAGACCGUCAAGGAAGCGCAAGGCAUCACAGCGUGCAUCUUACUUGGAGUCUCUUGACUUGGAAAAUGAAUAUUCCGAGAUGGUGGCAGAGGCCCCUUCUAUCGACGGACAAUCGCGGCCUAAGCGCAGAGCGGCAAUGAAGGCACACGUCACCCAGGAGCAGGAGAACGAUGUGCCAGAGGAUGAGGAAGACGAACCGGAUGAAGAAGCCGAAGAGGAGCAGGACCGGAGCAAGCCUGGCGUCUACAUUGGCAUACCUGGAUCGCUCAAUCCUCAUCCUCAUAAGAAGGGGCGGCCGAGAAAGUCUCUUGUUGUAAUCUUCAGAUCAGACAAGAUGAAGGAUCCAAACUAUCUUCCAGGAUGGACAGACUAUCCCGAGCCGAUCCCACCGUCACACAAUUCUGAGGCCAGUCACGCACCACGGAAGAUCCCAACUCGGCCACCGCUUUCAGUAGCUGUCGGAGCGACUGGUCUUCAUCAGACCGACUCUAUCGAGCAAACAGAGCCUCAGGUCCACGAUGCCGUAAUUAUCUCAACUGAGCCCGCAGCAACUUCCUCACAGAAUCAGAAAUCGACUCAAGAAGCUGCUGAAGGCAACGAAGGCACCAUUGUUGUUCAAAGCCUGGGCGGUGCCGAUCAAAGCCAAGAAGGCCAGGAGGCCCAACAAGAGCAUGCCAAUGAUGUCGCAGACCACAGCGCCUCCCCGGCGGCCGUCGAGCCAUUGUCGGAAGAUAAGGCUGCAACGGAGGCGGUUCGUGCUCCUGCGAAGACAGAGCGACAACCUAGGAGGCCCAAGCUUGACAAGUAUGUCUGCGAGAAGUGUGGUGGAACCUGGAAAAAUGACAUCGGCCUCAAAUAUCACUUGGAGAAGGCCAAGGUCCCCUGCAAUCCGUUCUACGCUGAACAUCCAGAGCUCAUGGUCAAGGUGAAACCUGUCCGUACUAGCCGGUUGGUGGCCAGAACCCCUGAACCUCACGAUGAAGGCGCCAGCCCCGGGAGCAGCGUCAAGAGCAGUGUUAGUAUCUCGCCUUCGCCUCGAACUCCCAGGUCUGCCCGUGUUCCCAAAAAGAAGAAACCACCUGUUCCUAAAUUUGUGGACCAGAGCGAUCCUGCGAAUCAACGUACCAUUCUCAAGCAACGGAGCGCACUCAGAAAUAGCCAAUUUGGAAUCUCAGGAGUGUCAGCUCCCCGCGGGCUCAAAGUUUCAGAAGCUGUUGCGAAGGAUGCGAUGAACACGACCGAGAGUGCCACACGAGAGGUGAUCGCUGCCACCGCAGAGCCAAGUGCAGCUGAGAUUGUUGUCAGUGACCAUAUGGUACCCAAGGACCCGGAUGACGCCGAGCUGGACGAGGAUCUGCCUUAUCUUGCACACAUCCGUGCUGAGAAAACAAAGCUGCAGCCGAGGCUGUCAGCCCCGGGCUUCCAAGAAGUUGAACCUGGAAAUCGGGAAGGCGAACAGAGCGUUAACGUGGCUCAGGAGGUCCCAGAGGUACAGGCUACAGAGCCAGCGCUGAGUUUGGACCCAACAUCGAACCUGGGCCCAGCAGAUGCGAUUCAGCCAUACUCUGAGUCCCCUAUCCCAGUGAAUGCGACUGCACCGUAUGAGCCUUACCCUCUUGGGGAUCAAAUACCGCCAUUCCGGCUGCCGCUCACAGACCUCAAGGCCAGAACUGCCAAGGAAGUGCGUUCACACAAGAUCGAGGAAAUUAUCCGGUAUCUUCUCGCCAACAAUGGCGGAGUUUUCCCGAGUGGCAGAGCAUUACUCUACGCUAUUUUGAAGAUUUAUAUCAAGGAAUGGCCGGAUUUGCCCCUGCCAACAACAAUGGGUGUUACCAGGGUUGUCAACAGGCUACAAGAACAGCACGAAAUCAAAGAAAUGUCUUCGGCAUACAAAUCACCUACUGAGCGCCUUUGGACGACUUUGGUCAUGCUUACACUGAGCCACAUCGACCCCAACGGCCCGGUGGCAGGCGAUCUCAAGAAGAAGAUGAAGGCCGCGCAACCUAAUGUGUACGUCCCUCCAGCAUUUGCUCCUGAUGAGAGCGAGAAAGCGCACUUCAAGAAACUGGAUAUACUUCCUGCCCAACGUGGCAAAGGCCCCGGUAGACGAGACCACAAGCUCGAAGAGGAAAUUGUGACUUUCGAUGCGCCUUUCUAUCUUCAAAAGGGCCUUGCUGGCGUGCGACCGCGUAACCGCCCACGUGCCGUUCAGUCUGAGGAUGAAGAAUCCAACGCUGGAGAUGAUGAAUCCGAAGCUGCCGAGACAGCUCCUCUACCACGUCGUCGCGGCCGGAAGCGAGCUGCUGAAGGCCAAUCGGAGGCACCCGCAGCCAAGAAGACAAGGAGAGGGAGGAAACCGCGCAACAGGAUUUCUUUUGAUGCAGCUGAUGACAAUGACUAUUCGGUAUCAUGGUCGAUUUUGCCACACCAAUAUAGCAUCGAUGAGUCCCACGCGACAAAUCCAGGCUUAGGGUCUUUGCCUGCCUCAUUCUUCUCGGGAAAUGCCAGUGCGCCGACCAGUAGCUACACCGCCCCAAGCAAGGUGCAGUUCCUUGAGCCAAAUACCCGUCUGGAAGAGGAAGAAGAGCCAGAUGUCGAACCCGAGGAUGUCGAAGAGACCCCUACAAACGAAUCAGUGAACGAGCACGGAGAUUACUUCCUGCACACCGCAGUGGAGGGUUCGUUCGUGCACACGAUCGAACUCGAGUCGAUAGGAAAGGGAGUCUGGCCGGGUAUUCAUAACCAAUGGUUUGAGGCCAAUGACGGGAGCUUCACGAUGAAAGGCUGGUUCCCACAGGCUAGAGAGCUUCUGAAGGAACACCUACCCAAGACCAUGGAGCAGAUGGCAUACAAAAUUACCAGUCACUGCAAAACCGACAAGUGGGCAGAUCCAGCUUACGGCCAAUUUGUCACCAGCGUGGACGGCUGCAUGUCCUGGGAGCUUUCGGACCAGGGCUAUAGGUCCAUGUCGGGCACUAUCGCUCCAGACUAUGUCUUCAUCUGUUUCGCACCGAGUCCUGCAGUUUCCAACAUGGCGCCGUGCACACUACAAUGGCAUGAUGGCAAUAACUGGACUCCCGACUCGAUUCCUUACGAGAAGCUGGUGUACGAUGAAGAAGAGGCGGCUAAGUCAGCCGAGACUGCCGAACCAUACGGGAUCAUUCCAAUCUCUGAGCGAGGCGUACGCCGGGGGCCUGGUAGGCCGCGGAAGUACCCACCCUCUGUGCGUGACGGACCACCCCGAAAAUAUGUCAGGAAACAGCCGAAGGAUGAGAGCGUCCGCGAGCUGAAGCUACAGCGUGAGCUUACCGCCUACCCGAGAGAGCCGAAUGAAUACUUUCGUCAGAAGGGGCAGGAAGACCCUGAAGUUGACUGGAAGGCCGAGGACACCCGCAUUGCUGCAUAUGUGGCCGUGUCAACGCUCUUGGGCGGUAUCAACAAGGCCAUGGACUGGGGUAUCAUGAUGAGGAUGUUCCCAGAUUCGAAGCUGUCAAACCUGCGCAAGUUUUGGGCCACUAUCAAGAAGGAGCGGGAAGGGUUCAUCCAGAACUUGACUGCCAAGUUUCAGGAAGACUUCGUCGAGGCAUACGAAAAUGGUGAUCUGCCUCCAAUCGACUUCAACAAGCCUCUGGAGUACGACUGGCUUCGUCUUAUCAAGUGGACGUUGGCCCUCGUUGUGAGAGAGGGGAUUGACUUACCGCCAAAUAUGCCACAAUUCGACGAAGAGUUGGAGCUGGUCCCUGUUGAAAUGGGUGAGUUUGACUGGCGCGACAGUUACUACCACUGGCAGAGGUCUGUCUUCAACAAAUUCCAGGACGCUGCUGCGGAGCCAGCUUCGACGGUUCUGGAGAGGCAGGAAAAGGCAGAAGAUGCGGAUUCGACAAUUGCACGCUCCUGGGUUCGGGCGCUCUGCUGCACGGACUCGGACAAGUACACGCCUCUUAGCAUCAAGAAGAAAUUCCUCGCGCUCGCCCGAGGUGGUCAACGUACUGAGCAGGAGAUUAGCGAUCUUCUUGAGCAGACCAUACGCGAUCUGGAGCACCGACGCAUUGCUAUCAAGCAGAAAUCCCAAGCUCUUGCCACGGGCCGGCCUUACAAGCUCAACGAGCAUUUCUUACGCACGUUGGACCGCUUCUCCAACGAAGACAAGUUCACUGUCGCUGCGGCUUUCAAGGUGAAGAUGGACAAGGCCUUCCGUAAGGGCAAAUCCGUCGAGAUCCCCUGGCGCACCGAAGACGGCAUGGUCAUCGCGGCGUUCAACCUGCAGGCUUAUGGGCGGGUGCAUAUCGAGCCUAUGAAGAAGCUUCACGUCCCAUUCGGUUUCAAGCCAGGUUUCUACGAGUCGCGCAAGUUUCCCAAGUCCUACUACCGCUUUGAUCUGCAGGUGACGCCUACUUCCCGGUACAUGUACAAUGAGGAUAUCGAGAUCCUGAGGAGGGCAACUGAUGACUCCGUCAUUCCCGGCGCCAGCGAGGACGGCAAGCUGCCGAUGUGGUGUGAUUUCUUUGGGGAGCCUGACCGGUCCCGUUGGUUCAAGAUGCUGUCAGCGGUACUGUUCGUGCUCGCCACCCGCGGUGCGAUGACGGAUGAGUUUGCAGCCCAGGCACUGCGACCCUGCAUCGAGAUAUUCGAGGUUGAGAUGGUCCGGAAGUGGGCUCUCAAGAUGGGCGUAGUUAGGGAGAUCACCGAGGGAUGCGGUGCUGUCAGCGUUUCUGAGUGGUGGUGGUUAAUCUGUGGCCUCCCCGUGACCGAGGCAAGCGAGUCCAAGGCCGAUGGUCACGACCAAUAUUCCUCGUGGCAUAAGCGAAGAUGGCGGGGACAGUAUCGGGUGCACUAA